CGCGUCUCUUCAGAUUCGUUUUAUUUUUCAAUCGUUUCAAUUUCUAAAAUUCUCCUCUCUCAACGCAAUCACCAAAUCCAAAUUUAGGGUUUCUUUUCUCUUUCUGCGAUCGAUCUCUGAAAACUCAUAACUGUUGUUUAAUCGUGAAGAUGGCAUCAAACGGAUCUUUCUCUGCUCAGAGAAACGCAAACGCUAGAACAACGAUGAAGAGAAGAAGCGACAAUCGCGGUUACGGUGGCGGAAUCGGAGGUUAUCAAGAGGAGACGAACCGUUACGCGCCGCCGCAAAAACGUUUCAGAUCACAAGCGCAACAGCAAUUCCGAUCUGGUCAUAAUCCUCUGUAUCAUCAUCAUGGUAGUAAUAAUAAUAACGUGUCUAGGGUUUCUUCUCAAUCAUAUAACAAUUGCGGUGUUGAUGUGAUUGCUUCUAAUUCAAGUUUUGCAUUACGUAACAAUGAUUCUAACACCAACAAUUAUCAGAAACCCUUUGUUGCUGGUUAUGGAAACCCUAAUCCCCAAAUUGUUCCUCUUCCAUUACCUUAUCGUAAGCUUGAUGACAAUCUCUCUUUAGAUUCGUUACCUGAUUGGGUUCCGAAUUCAAGAACCCUAACUCCGAAUUAUCCUGUUAGGUCAUCGAAUUUUGUACCAAACACUCCUGUUUUUACGAAUGUUCAAAAUCCGAUGAAUCAUUCGAACAUGGUUUCAGUUGUGUCUCAAUCUAUGCAUCAACCAAUUGUUUUGAGCAAAGAAUUGACUGAUUUGCUUAGUCUUCUUAACAAUGAGAAAGAGAAGAAAACUUUAGAAGCAAGUAAUAGUGAUUCUUUGCCUGUUGGAUUAAGCUUUGAUAAUCCAUCGUCACUUAAUGUUCGACAUGAAUCUGUGAUUAAGUCUCUGUAUUCUGAUAUGCCGAGACAAUGUUCAUCGUGUGGGUUGAGAUUCAAGUGUCAAGAAGAGCAUAGUAAACACAUGGAUUGGCAUGUAAGGAAGAACAGGUCGGUGAAAACCACUACAAGACUGGGUCAGCAACCGAAGAAAUCGAGGGGAUGGUUAGCAAGUGCAUCUUUAUGGCUUUGUGCAGCGACGGGAGGAGAGACGGUAGAAGUAGCAUCUUUUGGAGGAGAAAUGCAGAAGAAGAAAGGAAAGGACGAAGAACCAAAACAACUCAUGGUGCCUGCGGAUGAAGAUCAGAAGAAUUGCGCAUUAUGCGUAGAGCCGUUUGAAGAGUUCUUUAGCCAUGAAGAUGAUGAUUGGAUGUAUAAAGAUGCAGUCUACUUAACCAAGAAUGGUCGUAUAGUUCAUGUUAAGUGUAUGCCUGAACCCCGACCUGCUAAGGAUUUGAGAGAGCCUUCGAGGGUAAUGUCUGUUACAGUUCCAUCGGUUGCGAAAGCUAUAGCCUGCUGAUUGAGAUUUUUAAGAUCUCUGUUUUAGUCAUUCGUUUUUUUAAGUAAUGUACUUUACUUGAACAAGUUGUAACACAAAUACAGUUCUAUCAAUUGAAUCUCCUAUUUUACUCUUAUCGCCUCUUUACUCUUAUGUGUCAUUUAAUGAAUAUUCAUGCUUCUAUAUCUCUGUUUUAAUCGUCG